UAAAUUAUUGUACUUUUUAUUGACUUCAAUAAAAAAAGUUACCCAUUAAGGUUAAUAAAAGAACAUUCCUUUCUCUUUGUCAAAUUUUUUUUUAGCCUGGCCUCUUCAUUUAAAACACCAUAAAGCCUGAAUCCCUGACUCAGGGUUGAAUCUGAUUGGACGUUGAAGUUCAGCCCCCUUGGAGUGAACCAGACUAAACAUCACUCGUCCUCUCAGAUCUUCUGAAACACUGAGGUAGAAUCAAAGAGCUCAUUCUGGGCUUCAUGUAAACAUACUAUCCCCGUGAGCCACAUGCGAGAAAAGUGUUAAAUCCCAGAAGCAGAACUUGGGUUUUGUCAUCGGAUAAGGAGUACUACGAUGAGUACUACAAAAGAAAAGGAAAGACCAAAGUGGGAUAAUAAAGUGCAGUACCUGUUGACGUGCAUAGGAUUCGCAGUUGGACUCGGGAAUGUCUGGCGUUUUCCAUACCUUUGCCAAAUCUAUGGAGGAGGUGCAUUCCUCAUCCCCUACCUGAUAGCUCUGGUAUUCCAAGGCCUGCCCCUGCUUUACCUGGAGCUGGCUAUAGGUCAGAGGCUACGCCAGGGUAGCAUCGGUGCCUGGAACUGCAUCUCACCCAUGCUAGGUGGCAUUGGAAUUGCCUCCAUGGUGGUAUCAUUUCUAGUAAGCAUUUUCUACAACACCAUCCUGGCCUGGGUUCUGUGGUACUUCUUUAACUCCUUCCAGGAACCACUUCCGUGGAGUAGCUGUCCCCUCAAUGUCAACAGCACGGGCUACAAUCAUGAGUGUGAGGUGAGCACGCCCGUGAAUUAUUUCUGGUACCGUGAGACCCUGAACAUCACAGCGGACAUCGAGACCAGUGGGUCGCUGCGGUGGUGGAUAAUCCUAUGUCAGGGCACGUCCUGGUGCAUCGUCUACAUCUGCUUCAUCAAAGGCAUAGAGUCCAUGGGCAAGGCGGUUUAUGUCACAACAACCUUCCCGUCCCUGGUCCUGACCAUCUUUCUGACCCGUGCCCUCACUCUUCCUGGAGCCACUGAUGGGCUGGUGUACCUUUUCUCCCCUGAUUGGGAGAUACUGAAGAACCCCAAGGUGUGGCUGGAUGCUGCCACCCAGAUCUUCUUCUCUCUGUCCGUAGGCUUUGGAGGACUUAUUGCUUUCUCCAGCUACAACGUAGAAAAAAACAACUGUGAGAGAGACACCCUUCUGGUAGGAAUUAUCAACAGCGCCACCUCUCUGUACGCCUCCAUAUCCAUCUUCUCCAUCCUGGGAUUUAAAGCGAAAAACAACUACAACAGCUGCGUGUCGCAGAACAUCAUAUCUCUGACCAACCACUUUGACAUUGCUGACCAAAACAUCACACUGGACAACUACAUGGACUGGGUUGAUUAUCUCAAUCAGACGUCACCUUCAGAUGUGGCCAGUUUGGACCUGAGGACCUGUGACCUGAAUACAUUCCUUGAUCAGAGCGCUUCAGGAACGGGCCUGGCUUUCAUAGUGUUCACUGAGGCCGUGAUAGAGAUGCCGGGCUCGCAGGUAUGGGCCGUACUGUUCUUCAUUAUGCUCUUCAGUUUGGGCCUCUCCUCCAUGUUCGGCAACAUCGGGGGAGUGCUCACACCCAUUCAGGACCUCAAACUGGUGCCUUCCUGGCUACCUGAUGAGGUGGUAACAGCUAUUGUCUGCCUGAUAAGCUUCCUGAUAGCGAUCAUCUUUGGAAUGGGUUCAGGGAACUAUUGGGUGGAGGUCUUCAACAGCUACGUGGGCUCCGUACCGCUGCUCAUUAUUGCGUUCAUGGAGAUAAUUGGAGUCGUUUAUAUCCGUGGACUAAAAACUUUUAAGGAGGAUGUCUUCUACAUGACGGGAAAGACACCAAAUAUCUUUUGGGUAUCUUGCUGGAUGGUAAUCAGCCCAGUAAUGCUAUUCGUGGUGCUGAUUGCAUACGUGAUCAUCCAGGCACAAGAGCACCCCAUGUACCCGGCGUGGAACCCUGACUAUGAAUUAUUCCCUCAAACUGAAACAAAGCCGUAUCCAAACUGGGUUUUCGCCAUCAUCAUCCUCCUCUCAACGGUACCUGUACUGCCCAUCGUUCUUGUCCCUCUGUACAAACUGAUCCGAUAUGGGCGUACGGGGGCGCCGGCAGAAGCUAACCCGACACCCUACUUCAACGAGGGAUUUGAGAUUGAAACACAGGGUACAAGAAACUAGAGAAUUCGGAGAAAAUGAAAGUAAUAAAAUCACAGCUGUUCUGAGCAGAAUCAUCAACAUCGCUCUAAGGUUCUUUCCUGACUGAUGGUAAAUUCACACAUAAAUCUAGAUUAACAAUCACACCUCACUGCUUCUGUUUACCACUGCUUCUGAGAACUAUGACACUGAGUACGACUGUGUAAACACACUGUAAUGAGUAACAAUAUAAUUGUGGACAAAUGAA